GAAUUCAUUUUCUUUAUGCAAACAUCUCUUAGCAGUGAUUCUCAAGUUCUGGUGUAUGUAAGAAUCCCCUGGAGAGCUUGAGGAAAUGUCCCUAGAUUCCAUUCCCUGAGAUUCUGGUUCAGGAAGAAUACAGUAGGAUCCCAGGAAUCUUCAUUUUGAGGAGAACUCCCAAUGAUAAGAUCCAGGUGGUCCCUGUCGAUCACACUUGUAGAAGCUGGAGCUAGAAUCCCUUGGUUCAAAUCCCAGCUCUGCCACAUUGUGUCUUGGUCAACUUGCUCAAGUUACUUUGCCUCUGUAUGCCUCAGUUUCCUCAUUCUGUACAAUAGGGGAAAUGGUAAUACCUCACAGUAUUUUUGUGAGAAUUCAGUCAGUUAGUUCAUAUAAAGUACUUGGAAUGCUAUCUGGACUGUUAAUUGGCCAGUAAAUGUUAGCUAGACCAGUCCAACAAGUUAUAGAUGCCUUGAAAUAGUUUAUUUCAUAUUUUGAGUUAUGUAGGUGUUUUGGGGGGCUGGGAAUCAUUUUAUGGAGUACUUCAAUGGUUUGUCAUUUCUAAUAGGAUGAGAGCCAACAUCCUUAAUGUGGUCUCUAGGACUACAUGUCUAGCUUUUGCCUGCUGUCCGAGCUCAUCUCACAUCAUCCUUCCAGCCAUUCUCACUGCAAUCAGCUGCAGUUGGUGUAUUUCGAGUUUCCAAAGAUGCCAUACUUCCUUCUAGGCAGUGUUCAUCUAGACAGGCCCUCACUUGUGCUAUUCCUUAUGUCUGAGACACGGUUCCCCUCACUUUUAGUUUAUUAAUUUUUACUCUACCUUUAGAGAUUUAGCUCACCUUUACAGAUUUAUCACUUCCUCUGAGAUGCUUUUCCUGAACUUAAGUUAAAUCCUUUCAUUUGUGUUCAUGGCACAUAGCUCUCCUUCAUACCCGAUAUGAAAGUUAUACUUUGAUAUUUUGUCCUCCUCCACUCAAGUUCUUGUGCCAUAAGGUAAAAACCAUGCCAGUUUGUUUGGUCACAGUGCUUGACAUAUAAACCCUCAGAAUUUGUGGAAUAAAUGAUUAAAUUUUGCUUAAGGGAAGACCAGGUUGGAAUGCCAUGUUGCUACAUAAAAACAGUGGUAUUUGGAGGGUCUCAGGAGGGUGAGAGGACAGGGGGUAGGUGUCCUCAUGGCAGAAGAGAGUAGGCAGAAGAGGGUCAUUAUGUUCCAGAGUGGCAGUCAAAAGACCUGAGAUAGCCACCGUCCUGGGUGGUGGAGGUCAUGUGGACAGAGCUGAGAUAGAUGGCCAGAGUUGGGUUUGGGUGCGAGACAGGAUGAACAUAAGUGAGAAUUCCUAUCCGAGCUCACAGGGGCAAAAAGAGAUAAAAUGGAAAAUCAGGAUUCAGAUUUCUGAAGGGACAAAUUCAACACCAAGACCACUGUGCUAGAGUGGAGCACUUGGAGAUAGAGGAGAAUGGGGUUUGGGCUGGGAGUCCUUUCAGAAUAAAGGAGGCUCAGAGUUACUGUUGCUUAUGAGACUGUAGGUAUGUGACAGAUGGAUAGUUCAUUUGUCUUCAAGAGCCGGAGAUGUGCAAAGCCCCCUCUGAAACUUGCUGUGUGUCAUUGAUGGUCUGAGGGCACCAGGUUUGUAGAGAGGCCUUCAGGAAGGAGAAGUUCUUGAAAUUCAUCAUGAUGGGACGGAGAAUAAUUCCUUUCCCUCUAAUGUAAGCCAAAGUCAUAACCUUCUUUGACAUUUGCCAUCUUCAGUCAGUCUUUGUAGAGUUGAAGCCUUCCACAGGCACACAGGUAAGAUUACUACCAUCCAAGUCCCCUCUGGUGUCUGACGGGGCCAUGUAGCCAUUUAUUGCUCAGUGGCGGCCCCUGCUGUUAAGGAGAAAGAUAGCACAUCCAGAGUCCGUCAUUAACUCUGGUACCUGUAACUAGGCGAUUUUGGAGCAAACAGGAGAGGAGCCAGGGGCCAGGUAAAUGGACUCAGGACAUCCCCAGGGAGAUCCCUCUCCCACCCCGUGUUCAGCGUGCCUUGUGAGCUGCUAGCGCAAGAGAAGGAGCUGAGCCUAAAGGUUUGGGGCUUAAAAAUCUUUUACAAGAUUCUCCGUUCAAUCGCUUCAUUACAGAGGUUUGCUAGGAACCAUCACAGUGCCCUCUGAGAAAUGCCAGUGCAAACUUUUCUUUGGGGGCUUUCAGGACUCUCAGGUGACAGAUAUCUUAAAAGAUAACGCCCUCACUCUUGAAGUUAAUUUACAAUACAUUUUCAUUAGGGGUGGAGGCUCAGUGUCGAUGUUUGUUUACAUUCUGGACAGGAAUCCGAGUAUAGAUCCUUCCGUAGGCGUCCCGCUGGGUCGCCCUCCUGUGUGCAUGCAUCUCUGGGCGCGCGUGUGCUGCAUGUAGGAAAUAAGGCAGUUAUAUGCCAUUUGUGGGCAAAAAACUGCAUGGGAAGAGAAGAAGAGAGAACGCAAACUCACUAUCACAUAAAAGUAGGGAGAGGGGGAGAGAGGAGAUUGCCGUUGAUUAUGGGUCUGGCAGCAGAUGUUCUACACGAAUCCAACUCGCUGCAGCCAGUCUGUUUCCAUGGCAACAGAAUCAGUAAUUAUUGAGCCCAGGCGCUCCCCCCCCUUCCUCCCAACAAGGUGGAGGCUGAUGAAUAUGAACUAUCUCCAGCCCAUCACCAGCUCUUUCUUUUUCUCCUUCUUCCUCUUUCUCUCUCUCUUUUUAAAGUUCUUUAUAACAAAAGUGGAGGUAUUGAGCGCCGAGAAGAGGAGCUCUGUGUUUAUUGAUGAAAGAGCAUAGAGCACAAUAUUGAAAUGAAGUGAUUAUUUUUCUCUUGUGAUACUAUAAGAGAAAAGCUCUUCCUAGAAAAGCCGAUGAUCUCUGAAGAUGCUAAAUAAAUGAGCAGGAGUUUCCCUGAAAUGGAGGUUCCCUUUGAUUGGCUGAUCUUUCUGCGAUUCCUGCCAAUCGGAGCACCCCUGGGCUCGAGCUCCAUAAACAUAAGCAAAGCUACAUGCUUAUUCUUCUGGACUCGAAGUGUGUGCCAUUCAAAGGUGUGCGGCAGGUCUCCAUUCACAUGGCUCGACUGGAAACCUGUUUUGUGAACAAGCUUACUCGGGAACCAUCCGGUAUUCCAGCACAUUGUUCUUCUGGGGGACGGCUCUAAGUCAUCUGGUGGCGGCAGCAGCUUAGCAGCAGUCUUUGUAGUUGGGAAGGAUGGACUUACGGGAGCUUGGUAAUGCAGGUGGUGAAGGAGCAGGUUAUGAGAGCUCUUACAACCAAGCCUAGCUCCCUGGACCAGUUCAAGUGCAAACUGCAGAACCUGAGCUACACUGAGAUCCUGAAAAUCCGCCAGUCUGAGAGGAUGAACCAGGAAGAUUUCCAGUCUCGCCCGAUUUUGGAGCUAAAGGAGAAGAUUCAACCAGAGAUCUUGGAGCUGAUCAAACAGCAACGCCUGAACCGCCUCGUGGAAGGGACCUGCUUCAGGAAACUCAACUGCCGGCGGAGGCAAGACAAAUUUUGGUACUGUCGACUUUCACCCAACCACAAGGUCCUACACUAUGGAGACUUGGAAGAGAGUCCUCAGGGAGAAGUGCCUCACGAUUCCUUGCAGGACAAACUGCCGGUGGCAGAUAUCAAAGCGGUGGUGACGGGGAAGGACUGCCCUCAUAUGAAAGAGAAAGGUGCCCUUAAACAAAACAAGGAGGUGCUUGAACUUGCUUUCUCCAUCUUGUAUGACUCAAACUGCCAACUGAACUUCAUAGCUCCUGACAAGCAUGAGUACUGUAUCUGGACGGAUGGGCUGAAUGCGUUGCUGGGGAAAGACAUGAUGAGCGAGCUGACCCGGAAUGACCUGGACACCCUGCUCAGCAUGGAAAUCAAGCUCCGCCUCCUCGACCUGGAAAACAUUCAGAUCCCCGACGCGCCUCCCCCCAUCCCCAAGGAGCCCAGCAACUAUGACUUCGUCUAUGACUGUAACUGAAGUGGCCGGGCCCAGAAGCGCCCCCCUCCAAAACUGGAAAAUCGAGCUAAUGGGAGAGAAGAAUGAAAACACACCCACGCCUUGGAACCCUCUCGCGGUCAAGAGAAGCUGUGGGUCAACACUGUCUUUGGCCUCGCCUCUAGCCCCAGCAUUCUUCUGCCCCUAACUGGCGUCUUGCUCACUGCCCUGAUUCUGUUUCUAGACUCCAUUGCUUUAGAUCACUUCCCACUGCUGCAGUCUCCUGGUGGGAGCAGAGCAAAACCCGCCACCAAUAAGAGAGCCAAAGGGCCCUUCCAUCCGGACCCCCUGCCCAAUGCCCAGCAGGCACAUCCUCCCUCCAUGGAGGGGGCAAGCCGGCAGCACCAGACUGCCCCAAAGCCUGCCCAUUAGACCGAAGGGAAUGCCCCAGUGCUUGUGUCUGGAAGAAACAGCCUAGCUGCCAGAGAAGACCAAACACCACCUCCUCGUCCCCCUUCUCUCUGGAGUCUGCUCACAUCCCCAGUUCCCUGUGAUUCAAAAUCUGCUUUCACAUCCCUUCCCUCCUCUGUGCAGGCCUUUGCCUUGUGCUGUUCCUCUCUGGUUCCAGGAGCAGCAGCAGCUUCGUCAGAGCCGUGGCCGCACCGGGUCUCCCGGACCCAGUCCCAGGUCCCGUGCCCACUUCACGUCUGCACUGUGACUGUGACCAACCUUCCUUCCUCGCCAGCUAGUCUUGGGUGUCCUCUCUCUGCCCCAGCCCACGCCUGCCCUCUUCGGGCCUCAUAACCUCCCAGCCUCUUAGCCGAAAGCACAAAUGGUGAAAUCAGUCGUCAUCCCCAUCUCUAAUAUACUAAACCGAAAUGCCUCUGUGGCAGGCGGCCCCCCUCGACGGGUUUGGUGUGUUUGGUGUUAACCUUCUCCUGGGGACUCUGCUAUAACACGGACCCUCAGGAUGGUCAAGCUGUCAGACAUCCAAGUUUACAUCAUUGUAAUUAUUACAGGUAUUGACAAUUUGCAAGGGUUGGGGGUUGGUUGGUUGUUUUGUUUUUUUUUUUUUUUUUUUUUUUUUUUUUGCUUUGUUUUUGUACAAAAGAGUCUAACAUUUUUUUGCCAAACAGAUAUAUAUUUAAUGAAAAGAAGAGAUACAUAAAUGUGUGUACUUUCAAGGUUUUUUUUAAUUAUUUUAAUCCUAAACAUCUUCCUGAGAAUAACAUUCCCUUACACAUGCUGUGGAAUAAAAUGAAUUGUGAUGAGUUGGG